AGAAAGAAAAAAUCUAUGUGAGCUUUCCAUGGAUGUGGUCAAUGACGUCCAUUUCACGACUCGGGCGAUUUAACUGAUAUGGAUAAAUAUAAAAACCUUGGGGUCAUUGGUGAAGGCUCGUAUGGCAUCGUUUUGAAAUGCAGACACAAGGAAACUGGGCAGCUUGUCGCCAUCAAAAAGUUCCUGGAGACAGAUGAUGACCUUCUGGUCAAGAAAAUCGCCGUUCGUGAAGUUCGAAUGCUGAAACGAUUGACGCAUGAAAACCUGGUGAAUCUUUUGGAAGUCUUCAGGCGGAAACAGAGAUUGUUUCUAGUUUUCGAAUAUGUGGACCACACAGUCUUGAAAGAACUUGAAGAAAAUCCGGAAGGACUCCAUUGGACAGUCGUUAGACAGCACACAUGGCAACUACUUCGAGGAAUCGAUUACUGCCAUUCUCAGAAUAUAAUCCAUCGGGACAUCAAACCUGAAAACAUUCUCAUCAGUGGCGGAGGAGUCGUGAAAUUAUGUGAUUUCGGAUUUGCGAGGAUGAUGCCUGCAGCUGGGGAGUCUUGCACAGAUUACGUGGCUACAAGAUGGUACAGAGCUCCUGAGCUGCUAGUUGGUGAUACUAAGUAUGGAAAGGAAGUGGACGUUUGGGCAAUUGGGUGCUUAUUUGCUGAGAUGAUGUCGGGUGAUCCAUUGUUUCCUGGGGAGUCAGAUGUUGACCAACUUUUCCAGAUCAUCAGAUGCAUGGGUCGGAUCGCACCUCGUCACUUGGAACUGAUUUCAACGAACCCAACGUUUCACGGGAUGAAAGUAAUGAUGGACGAACGUCGGAACUUGGAGGAAUUGUUCCCUGAUUGGCAGAACCAUUGUCUUCAUUUCUUGUCCUGUACGCUGGAAAUGGAUCCGCAAAGUCGACCUUCGUCUGGAAAUCUGUUGCAGCACAAACUUUUCACUCAUGAUGCGUUCCCGCAAAGUUUCUAUCCUCAAUUGAAGAAGCUCGUGGAAAAUGAAUUUUUGGGAAAUCCUCUGCUCAGAGGAAAGCGAAGAUCAGCAUUGUUGCCGCAGCCGAAAAAGCAGUUGGACGGGAUUCUGUCGCCCGUCACGAAAACCCGGGAUGAUUUCACGGGUUUUCAAGCCUGGGCAUCUCCUACGAAUUCCAGCCAUUAUCCGAACGUGGACCUGUCCAUGGCGGGUACGAAUGUCUGGCACCGCAACCAGCAGAUCAGCACCAACUCACACACACACGGGAGCGAUCCUCUGACUCCAAUCAACACAAGUUCUCAGUUUCAGUCGAUGGCGUUCCAGGGAAAUCAGCUCGGUCUAGGACUGAACCCAGAACGGGUUUCCAUGGACUGGAACAGCCGUUCCCCGACUCUGAACCCAUUCGGUCGCCAGAGCGGCCAGACGAAGCGACUCGGGCCGGAUGGACUGCCCAAGGGUGGACCCUACAUGGAAUCCCUGGUCCUGCAAAACCUGGCCACAGAACAGAACCCGGGGAUCCGGAAACGCAGUGGGUCCAAGUCCACGGCCCAGGAUCAGAUGGACCCACUUGCUUUGCCAGACGUCCAUUCCAGAGAGUUCAAGCAAUCCUGAUGCACUGUCCCGCGACGGCGGCGUUCCAAGUUCUUGCCCUGAGAACACCCACGGCAACAACCACAAGUGAUCUGCAACAUUUUUACCCACGUGUAGCCCUGCAUUUGCAACCCAUUCCAUUUGCUUUCCUUACUCUUCAACGUUGAUCACGCACGUCUACUACGAAAGAAUUGCUGUAUGAUCAGAAAUUCCGCGAGGAACUUGCCUCUGCCACUUUUUAAUAAAUUUUAAACGUCGCCUCUGUAACCACGGAACCAUAAAAAAUAUGAUAAGACCAGACUGAACUAGCCUAAAAUAGCAACAUAUUGAUUAAAGGUUACAGCUUAUAUUAACUGAAUUCAAUACUGUAUUGUAAAUUAAUUCCGAUCGACGAGUUCAAGGAAAAUAUACACAAAACAGUCAAACCUCUUCAAUUUGAACUCAGAGGGAUCCACCAAAUUUUAACUUAGUGCGUUUCAAAGUUAAGUUAAGGAAAACAUUACAGUAUUUUUUUAGUGGAAAAUUAAGAAUUAAACGAAAAUAAAAUUGGGAAUAUUCUGGGCCUUGAACUGCUGAAUAAAUGAAUUGACAGGAUUUCAAACUUGGAGGUAAGGUCACUAACUUCCCUUUUAAAGCAUCGUUACAUUUUUAUCACUGUUUUCCUUUCUGUGUCCAGAAAGGAAUACAGUGAUAUCAAAAAGGCCUAUCCAAAUUAGAGUCAUACAUGUUCGAACGAAAAUGUCUUUGAGUUAAAAAGUUAUAUAUUACAUUUUAUAUUGGGAAAUUCAAACAUAAAUACAAUAUACAUGCAGAUUUUUUUUACUGAGGGAUGUUUGUUUAAGCAAGGUCGAACUGCAUUUAAUUUAUUUCGUAUUAGGUAUGAGCUCUUGAUAAUCUCGACUAAAGUAGCCAGGAAACAUUUUGAACAAAGAUGCAAAUUCCGAGCUUGGCGCCAAUUUUUUUUAAAAACAUCACUAUAUAGAGAAACAUUUACCUGACUUGACAAAGGAUGAAUAUUUGCUUGGAAUUGUAUGGUACUUAAUGAAGUUCAUACUAUUUUACGGCAUUAUUACUAGCCUAACCACCCCGAUUCUCCCCAAGUUUCUAACAGUCCUUAUUAACUUAACAUACCGAACAACCCAUCAUAUCAUCAUCAACUGAAAUACCUUCAUUAUAUCCUAGCCUGUCCUAAAACUUUAAUCAAUCAAACCGAAACCAUUUUGAAUAAAAUAAUUCGAUCUUCAUACCUUAGAACAGGGGUGACAGAAAGGCACUUGAACGACAGGUUCAACAAGGACGAAUUUUUAGGACGAAGUCAAUGCUCCGGGUCCCGUAUUAUUCGUCGGAGCAUCAUUAGUAUUUCCUUGUUCGUCUAACACAGUAUUUCCUUUAUUAGUGCGAAGGAAUGAUGGUUCGGAGGAUGGUAUAAAAAUUAACUACGCUUAUAACCGGUCCGGAGAUGUAUUCCUGGUUACAGUUAUUAACAAAGAACGUUUCAUCGUUUCAUUUUAAUAUGCCGUGCGUGUUCGACUGUGAACUGGGGAAGCAAAUGAUGGGAGCUAAAAAUAGUGCUACACCAAAGCAACCACCAUUAUGGCACUCAAGUACCAAUGAUCACUUCGCCGCACGUUGACGGGACACAAAUUAAUUGGAAGACCUGAUAAAAACAAAAAGAUUGCUUUUUUUUUCUGAAACCGUAAAACCGAAGCGCUUGUGCAAUAGCAAGAUCCUUUUGAUGGGAGCGAUGCAUCGUAACUGUAUACGCAAAUUAUGGCAAGCAGAUCCUGGAGCUGUUUUAUUUGUAAUUGGUUGUUUGAUGAAAAAGUCAGUUCAGAAAAUUGGGAAUUGAUUAAGCAUGAAGCGAGUUCAAGUUCUGUCGACUUUUUGCGGGAGUAAAUAUCUUAUCUUGGCUGAAAAUAUGGAAGAAUUGCACUUGCGCCGCGGUUCUUAGGGUUUCAAAAAAAUAAAAACGAAGAAUAUGUUCAAAGCAUUGAAAAAUGGAGCUACGGGCAUUUUGGGAUUCCAAAUAUCCUUUUACAAGUGCAGUUGAACGUGCUUUUUAUAUUUAAAUCCCAGGAGAUCAUUGCAAGCGUCUGAAUGAUUUUUGAAACGGAUUACAACAUUUUCGCAUCGUUUUUCUCUCAAGUCUGGGAUGGUCGAGUUCAAGCAAGUGCCUUGACUUGUUUUGCAAAGAAACGUUUCUCAAACUCGCUUCUCGUCCGAAUCACAACCCGUCCUCCCGCAAUAUUGACUAUUUUUGCAUUCAAAGAAUACUCGGCUCAGACUUUACUCUCUGAAGGAGGAUUCUCAAGCAGCCUUUUGGCAACAGGAACGGGCAGUUUUGGAUACUCGACCAAUUAUUUCUCUGAUAACCCAUUCGUCCGGUCCUCGUGUUUUUUUGAUUUCACCAGAGUUCUUCUAUGUAUGCCGUUUUCCAGCCAGCAUUCAACUGAGUGAUGUCGGGGGUAUUAAGUGCAAAUUAUGUGGAUAUAAUUAAAGCUUGUAAAAUUUUCACA